CCUGCAUCAUCUAAUACACUGUGGUCCUUGAUGUUGGAGCCCUCCCAUUCAAUUGAAAUGUUUAGUUCUGGAUUUGGUUGAUGAUUUUGACCAGAUCAACUAUUUCUCAAGGAGGUCUUUCAUUCAGUCAAGGUAUUUAAUAUUGAAUUUGAUUCAUAAUUUUAACUGGAUCAACUAUUUCUCAAAUGGCAGCAAUCAGAUUGCACAUCCCCUUGCCACCUAGCAAACAAAAAGUGCCAACACGUAACAUUGUAGCACCAAUAUAAUAUAUGCGGUCACCAACGCAAAAAACUUUUUCACAUAAGUAUGAAUUAAUUAGCAGAUAACAUAGAAUCACACUGCAAAGAGCCCACCAAAACACCGCAUUAUAAAAAACACUCACCAUCUUUCGCAGGCGCCAAACCAAAUAUACAAUUAAAAAAAACUCAACAACAUCAAUGGUGUAGCGAAUAGCGUUCAACCCUUCUAGCAUUGAUUCAUCAUGGUAUAGGCACCAAGAAUGGAAAUAAAAGCAAUGGAGUAACCUUUUGUAGUAUGUUCCGGCCAGGUUGAGCAUGCAGCUAGCUAGAGGUAGUUGUAAUCAUUACAGCGGCAAUGUAGCACUCACUCAAAACUGGGUGGGAUGGGAUCCCUUCCCUUGGUCGCCACAUUACGGCUCAUCUCAUCAUGACUAGCUUGAACGCAGCAAAUUAAGCAACCAUAGCUAACAACAAUGUUGAUACCUCCUUCUGAAUUGAUUAUUCUAUCCAAUUUUCCUUCUGAAUCACUACUACUGGAUAGCAAGUGCGUACGUAGUAGUCAUAAGAAAGAAGCAAAGCUAGAUCGAGAUCAUGCAAGCCAUGCCCUGGUGCCCAUGAUAAUGAGGAGCCGUGCAAGCACAAGCAGAAGCAGGGGUGGAGGAGUGAAGUACUGUGGCCUAUGGGCAGCGGCCAUCGCCUCUGUUCUUCUCGCCAUCUUGCUUGCCUCCACCACACACCUCCCUGCUUCGCCCACCGAUCCUCUGGUACAAGGCCGCCGCCGGCGGAGGCAGUGCGACGAGGAGGCCAGAUGGGUGGCCGGCAUCGCGUCCCAGCUCAACGCCACCCUCGUCCUGACCGUCGACCACCUCGGCUGCGGCAACUUCAGCAGCGUGCAGAAGGCGGUGGACGCGGUGCCUGACCACGGCGCGGCCGGCGGGCGUACGCUGCUGGCCGUGGGCGCCGGCAUCUUCCGGGAGAAGGUGGUGGUGUGGGGCAACAAGACGGGCGUGACGCUGCACGGCCGCGGCAACCUCAACAGCACCGUGGCGUGGAACGACACCGCCGCCUCCAGCGCCGGCAGCACCCCGUCCAGCGCCACCUUCACCGUCCUCGCCGCCGGCUUCGUCGCCUACAACAUCAGCUUCCAGAACACGGCGCCUCCGGCGGACCCGGGCGCCAGCGGAGGGCAGGCGGUGGCGCUGCGCGUGGCCGGCGACCAGGCAGCGUUCCACUGGUGCGGCGUCUACGGCGCGCAGGACACGCUGCUGGACGAGCAGGGGCGGCACGUCUUCCGCGGCUGCUACGUCGAGGGCUCCAUCGACUUCAUCUUCGGCAACGCCCGGUCCCUCUACCUCAACUGCACCAUCAGCUCCGUCGCGGCGGCCACCGGCAAUGGCGGCGGCGUGACGGGGAGCAUCACGGCGCAGGGGCGCGGGUCGGCGUCGGAAAAAACAGGGUUCGCGUUCGUCGGGUGCAGCGUGGUGGGGACGGGGAAGGUGUGGCUGGGGCGGGCGUGGGGGCCCUACGCCACGGUGGUGUUCGCGAGGACGUACCUCGCCGCCGGCGUCGUGGCGCCGGAGGGGUGGAACGACUGGAACGAUCCGGCCAGGCGGCAGACGGUGUUCUUCGGGGAGUACGAGAGCACGGGGCCCGGGGCGUGCAGGGACGGGAGGGUGCCGUACGCGCGGCAGCUGGAUCGCCGGCAGGCCGCGCCCUUCAUGGACGUCUCCUACAUCGACGGCGACCAGUGGGCGGUGCCACCACUGCCAGUAGUACUAACACUGCCCCGGCAGCACGGCGGAGACGAUUCAGAUCAUGCACCACGGGGAGAAGUAAUGUAGCUGCAUGUGCAAGAUCUAAUCUUUUUUGCCCUUUUUGUGGGUUCAAUUUCGUUUUUCUGCAAUUAGGUUUUUUCUUUUCCAAAUGCCGCAGAUCAUAGGUUCCAGUUCUGAAAAAAAAAACCCUACUGAUCAUAUUAAUUAUCUCUAAAAAAAUUCGGAAAAAACAUCCAAUAUAGCACCUUCAAUCACGGUAGUACAAAGAACAUCAGAAAUAAUAAAAAUUACAUCCAGAUCCGUAGACCACCUAAUGACGACUACAUGCACUGAAGCAAGCCGAAAGCGCGCCGUCGUCAUCGCCCCUCCUUCGCCGAAGCCGAGCAAAAUUUGUUGUACUAGAUAGUCGAAAAAUCGUCGUGUUAAGGCCCCAUAGGAUCAGCACACCAAAAAAGCAACCGCCGCUGAUGAAAAGUGGCAUAGAUCACCGAUUUAGUACAACACUAUACUCCAAAUAAGAACAUAUUACACCCUUUGUCAAGCCCCUUCUUCCCUUCCCCUCCGCAGCUAGGGCAAACUCUCCCUCCAGUUUCGCCGGUGAACGCUUGGAUUUGCCUCCCCUCUUACCUUUCUUCGGUGGCUGAUGGCAAGGAGGAGAAUACCGAUGCCUUCACUCUAGCUAGUAGUUUAGGUUUGGGUUUUCUAAUCCUCGCAGGUGCGACGCUCGGGCGGAUGACAACGCUUUUUCUUCGAGUUUAUUUUCCGGGCUCCGAUUCUCCUCGAGUUCAUUCAUUUGGACGUAGCCAACGGAGCCCCGGCGUAGAUUCCUUACAUCUC